GGUGAUUUGCAUAAAGUUGGGGAAAGUUUAUAUUUUUCACCGCCGAAAGGGCCCGCCCUCAUUCCAUUGAAAAUGAAUGGGAAGCGGUGUCUUUAGUUUUUCACCCUAUUUAUAUAGGCUAUCUCAAUUGUAGUUUUUUUUGUCGAUAUAAUGUUACUGGUAGAGUAGAAUAAUAGGAACACGUCGACUUUCAUUCCGCUCAAAAUGUCUAAGCUACAGUUGUUGAACUUGUAUGCUACUGAACGACCAACAGUGGCUGCUGCUCUAGAGAUAGCCGUAGCCAAAGAGACAACCAUAGCAGAGUCGCAUGAAGAAGUCUACCAUUUGAAGGAGGAGAAUGGCCGUCUACGAAGACUGUUGGAUUUGGUUUUCAAGCCAGAGAUAAGGUUACACAGAGCAGAUUCCCACCAGCUCACUCACCUCAUAUCUGAAGAGGUUCCCCCUGAACAGCAGCACUGUGGGCAGGAGUGGAGCCCCAGUCUGAUUCAGGAAGACCCAGUGCCCACACAGAUUAAAGAGGAACAGGAGGAACUCAGGACCAGUCAAGAGGAAGAGCAGCUUCAAGGGCCCUUUGAUACCAAAGACUCCAUAUUCACUUCUCCCUUUGUGGAAAGUGACUGUGAUCAGGAGAACCCAUCUCAGCCCUCACAUCUUUACCAAACCCAAACUGUGGAGGACAGAGAGAGGGGUUCUCUACUCACCAACACAUCUAUAGAGAUCAAAACAGAACCUGAUGGAGAGGAUUACAGAGUAUCAGAACCAGCCAGUGACUCUCAGCCCCUCUCUGCACUAACUCCAGACUGUUCUGCAGCGCCGACUGAAAACAAGAAAAGUGAUGAUGAGGUGGAGAGUGGAGGACUACAAUCAGGGUCUAAGACACUCGAAUCAAAGAGAAAACAGAUUGAGAAUGGAGAAAGGUUCCAUACCAGUGCUGGAGGCAGGACGGCCACUAUGCUGCCCAAUUUGACAUCCUCUAGGCAAACGUAUACUGCUCCUAAUUGCAAGGUGAAGCAUGGGAAGUGUGAGCCAUGCAGGAGGACUGAGGACUGUGCUCAGUGUGAUUUCUGUAAAGACAUGAAGAAGUUUGGAGGACCCAGUAAGACCAGACAGAAGUGCAGACUCAGGCAGUGUGACGUCCACGCUCCGGAAAUGCUGCGUGUGAAGGAUGAGGAGUUUGACGUGUCUGGCUUGAGGAGCAGGGAGAGCCUGAGGAGAGGAGGACAUCCGUCUGACGACAGUGAGAAUGAGAUGGAGUGUGAUGAAGCUGCACGCCCGUCACUAUAAAAAUGCACUGAACUAACAGGCAUGGUUGUUGAUGACUCUGAUGUUUAGAUGAACAGAAUGAAAUAGUCUCUGUAAUGCACAGCGCUUAACUCAGACAGCUGUUUGUAGCUGUUGGGAAAGUAUUUCAAAGCCUAAACUUGAUCACUCAGGAUGGAACUUUCCAGUGCUACUGUUUUUGCCAUGUAAUAUUUUAUUAAAACAAAAAUCAGACAAACAUAUAGUAGAAUAGUUGACCUAUUUAUCUAGUCUGCUUGUUGUGUGUUCUAUGUAAGAUAAAUAUUCCUCAAGGUGCAUUCAAGUUGUGAGAGCCAUAGGAGGGAAACAUGUACUCUGACAAGCAGUUAAUGCACAACAAUUCUUAAUGCAAUCUUUUGGAAGCAGUUUUGGAUUGUCAGAGUACACGUCUGGCCACUCUACCAUAAAGACCUGAUUGGCGGAGUGCUGCAGAGAUGGUUGUCCUUCUGGAAGGUUCUCCCAUCUCCACAGGGGAACUCUGGAGCUCUGUCAGAGUGACCCUUGGGUUCUUGGUCACUUCCCUGACCAAGGCCCUUCUCCCCCAAUUGCUCAGUUUCGCCGGCUAGUUCUAUUUAAGAAUGAUGGAGGCCAAUGUGUUCUUGGGGACCUUCAAUGCUGCAGAAAUGUUUUGGUACCCUUCCCCACAUCUGUGCCUCGACACAAUCCUGUCUCGGAUUUCCGCGGACAAUUCCUUUGACCUCGUGGCCUGGUUUUGACAAGCACUGACGUCAACUGUUAGCCUUAUAUAGACAGGUGUGUGCCUAUCCAAAUCAUGUCCAAUCGAUUGAAUUUACCACAGGUGAACUCCAAUCAAGUUGUAGAAACAUCUCAAGGAUGAUCAAUGGAAACAGGAUGCAGGAGCUCUAUUUUGAGUCUCAUAGCAAAGGGGCUGAGUAAUUAUUUUUUAAACAUUUGAAAAAAUGUCUAAACCUGUUUUUGCUUUGUCAUUAUGGGGUAUUGUGUGUAGAUUGAGGAUUUUCUGUUGGUUUAAUCCAUUUUAGAAUAAUGCUGUAAUGUAACAAUGUGGAAAAGGGGUCUGAGUACUUUCCAAAUGCACUGUAAUUUCUAUACAAUACAUUUCUUAUUUACGAGCACAUUAUGUUUUCUACAAUUGACCUGCUGUCACAUUGUCAUCACAUCUUCUAUAACCCUACUCUGGAUAUGCGAGUGCAUUUCUGUUUAUUUGCAAAAUAGAUUUAUCUCAGUGAGAAUAACCUGUAUAAAUAUAGGUUGAAUGAAAAAUAGCAACCAAAGUUUUUUUUUUUUCAUUCAUUGCAGAUUGAGACAAAGGACAUUUCAGCCAGUCAUGUCUCUCAACCAAAUUGUCUUUGCUUAAAAACAUCUACUUAACACCCAUCCCGGAUCCGGGAGCAUCCUCAUCAGUAAAAGCUGACUAGCAUAGCCUAGCAUAGCGCCACAAGUAAAUAAUAGCAUAUAAAUAUCAUGAAAUCACAAGUCCAAUUCAGCAAAUGAAAGAUAAACAUCUUGUGAAUCCAGCCAUCAUUUCUGAUUUUUUAAAUGUUUUACAGCGAAAACACUAUGUAUUUCUAUUAGCUAACCACAAUAGCCAAAGACUCAACCGCAUAUUUUCACCAUGUUUCUACCGCAUAGGUAGCUAUCACAAAACCGACCAAAUAGAGAUAUAAUUAGUCACUAACCAAGAAACAACUUCAUCAGAUGACAGUCUUAUAACAUGUUAUCCAAUAAAUGUAUGUUUGUUCGAAAAUGUGCAAAUUUGAGGUAUAAAUCAUAGUUUACAUUGCAGCUACCAUCAAAAAUCUCACAAAAGCAGGCAGAAUAAUUACAGAGAGCAACGUGAAAUACAUAAAUACUCAUCAUAAAAUAUUUAUGAAAAAUACAUGAUGUACAGCAAAUGAAAGAUAAACAUCUUGUGAAUCCAGCCAAUAUUUCCGAUUUUUUUUAAAGUGUUUUUACAGCGAAAACACAAUAUAGCAUUAUAUUAGCUUACCACAAUAGCCAAACAUACAAACGCAUUUAUUCACCGCAAAGAUAGCAUUCGCAAAAACCAGCAAAAUAUAUAAAAUUAAUCACUAACCUUGAACAACUUCAUCAGAUGACAGUCUUAUAACAUCAGGUUAUACAAUACACUUAUGUUUUGUUCGAAAAUGUGCAUAUUUAGAGCUGCAAACCGUGGUUAUACUUUGUGAAUAUGUAGCAACAUUUCCCCAGAAUGUCCGGAACUAUUUUGGACACUCACCUAAUCUGACCAAAGAGCUCAUAAACUUUACUAAAAAAUACAUGUUGUACAGCAAAUGAAAGAUACACUGGUUCUUAAUGCAACCGCCGUGUUAGAUUUUUUUAAAAUAACUUUAGUACGACAUACAGCAUGCAUUAUUGUGAGGCAGCGCUCACCAAAAAGGCGGCGAAUAGGAGUCAGUAUUUUACAUAGAAAUACGAAAUAACAUAAAUGGUUCUUACUUUUGCUGAGCUUCCAUCAGAAUCUUGUACAAGGAGUCCUAGGUCCAGAAUAAAUCGUUGUUUGGUUUUUUAGAAUGUCCUUUUCUCCUGUCGAAUUAGCAACCUUAGCUAGCCAUGUGGCGCGAACAUGCCCAUCUUCUCUUGACGCAAAGAACGGAAAAUUCCAAAAGUCCCAAUAAACGUUGAAUAAACUGAUAAAACUCGGUUGGGAAAAAAAAUACUUUAUGAUGUUAUCACAUGUAUCAAAUAAAAUCAGAGCCGGAGAUAUUAGCCGUGUAUACCGAAUGCUUUUCAGAAGCCAAUGUCGACGUCCUUCGCGCGCCUGAGAAGACAAUGAAAUUUCCAGACUUGUCACUCCAAAAGCUCGUAUUCGACCUCAGAUCAAGCUAGACACCCCAUUCCACCUCCCACUGCCUGUUGACAUCUAGUGGAAGGCGUAUGAAGUGCAUGUAUAUCGAUAGAAAUAAGGCAAUUGAAUAGGAAGGCCCUGGAACAAAGCCUCGAUUUCAGAUUUUUCACUGCAAAAUGAGUUCUGUUUUACUCACAGAUAUAAUUCAAACAGUUUUAGAAACUUGAGAGUGUGUUCUAUCCAAUAGUAAUAAUAAUAUGCAUAUUGUACGAUCUAGAAUAGAGUAGAAUAGAAUAGAGAAUAGGCAGUUUAAUUUGGGCACAAUUUUUUCCAAAGUGAAAACAGCGCCCCCCUAUUGACAAAAAAGCUUGUUUCAUUUUGGGAAGAUGUUGGUUAGGCUACAGAUUGCUUAUUGCCGCUUCAAAACAUGAAUCUUUAUUUUCCAGGUUAUGUUAAAAAAAAAAAAAAAAAAAAAGUGAACCUAUUCAAGUUUGACUCCUACGUGAAUGUGUUGUGAUCACUUUAUUUUUACUUUGGUACAUAAAUUACGGCUGUUGCCGUUUCACAUGUCAGAGCAGUUUGGCAAUCACUACCUGUACACAGCCAAUCUGUAAAUAGCCCACCCAACUACCUCACCCCCAUAUUAUUACUUACCCUCUUGAUCUUUUGCGCAUCAUCACUCACGCACAUCUAUCACUCCAGUAUUAAUGCUAAAUUGUAAAUACUUCGCCUCCAUGGCCUAUUUAUUACCUACCUCCCUACUCUUCUACAUUUGCACACACUGUACACAUAGAAAAAUCUUUAUUCUAUUGUGUACGUUUAUUUGUUUAACUCUGUUUCUGACGCACUGCUUUGCUUUAUCUUGACAAGGUCGCAGUUGUAAAUGAGAACUUGUUCUCAACUGGCCUACCUGGUUAAUUAAAUGUGAAAUAAUUUAAAAAUCAAACAAAAGUUUUAAUCUCGCUGUUCAUCACUAUUUGAAGAUUAAAUAUUUGGUGUUCGAGGUUGGACACAACGUAUAGUAUUUAGAAAAAGAAACAGCUUUGAGUUUAGACUUUUACAAUGAUUCUCAGUAGGGAAUACUUCAGUUUGGCCACACGGUGGCGCCAACGGACAAAAACAUUCGGCAGAUUUAAAACUGGCGAAGCGGAUGCUGUCUUUUGGCGAAAGGAAUCCUCUCCAGCGUGGCUUUUUCAAAUUAGCAUCACGGAAGAAACAUUAAGACUGCCGGUUUUCCGAUUUUGCCUUUGAAAUUAAAGUCUGCGGUAAAACCCUAUGUGAAGGAUACGAAAUCAAUCUUUCUUUGCGGCUUUGCAUAGUCGGUGGAUAAUGUUAAAAUGUCACAAAAUUAUAACUACAUCAGGGAACAAUUUAAACUAAAGAGAAUUACUAUUUUAUUAAAGAUAAGUGAGAAAUAGCUAUAUUUCUAAUAUUUCAUUGCAUGUUAUGUAUAUGAGUGGUGCAAUGCUUAAAAUUGUUUCUUGGUUCUUAAAGAUCCUAUCACGGUUUAAAUGUAUUUCCUUGUUACCUGAGAUUUGGCCACAUGUAUAUUAUCAUAGUAACACCCUCUAGUGGCUUAUAGUCUCAUGUAUAGGGAACAAAACUAUAAAUGCAACAUGCAACAAUUUUCAAAGAUUUUACUGAGUUACAGUUCAUAUAAGGUAAUAAGUCAAUUGAAAUAAAUUCAUUAGGCCCUAAUCUAUGAAUUUCACGUGACUGGGAAUACAGAUAUGCAUCUGUUGGUUACAGAUACCUUAAAAA